AUGACCACUGACUCUGCUCCUCAAGCACUUGCCAAUGUUGCUUAUCAAUUUGCUCAACAUUACUACCACAACUUACAUGAGAACCCAUCAAAGCUUUCUUCGCUUUAUACCAGCGAUGCGCAUCUGACUCAUUCUUUGAUCCCCGAUGAAGAUGGGGUCAAUUUCAUCAACAAGAGUUUGGAUUCACACGUCUGUACUAACGUUGGUGAGAUUAAAGAAUUUUACAACUCGAGUAACUUGGCUGAAUGUAAGAUUAGAAUCACCAGCAUUGAUCAACAAAAGACCCCAUUUGAAGGUUCAAUCUUGAUAUCCACUAUGGGUGAGAUCAACUUGAAUGGCAAGGCUGCUGUGUACCGUUUCCAACAAACCUUUAUCCUUGCAAGAAAGGCUAAGGAGAAUGUCUACGAUAUCACAAACGAUAUAUUCAGAUUGAUUCCUGAUGAAGAUUACGAAUUGGAAACUCAAGUUGAUGAUGCCGAUGUUCCACAAUCACUAGUACAGGAGAACGGUAAACCAGAGACUCCAGAGCAGGAACAAAUCGAAAAUGAAGAACCGGUGUAUGUGAAAGACGAUGUCAACGCAGCCGUUGAACCAGCUGUUGAAGCACCGGUGGAGACAGCCAUUGAGCCAGCUGCUGAGCCAGAAACCAUUGACGAGCCAACAAAGAAGGAAGCUGAGGCCACUACAACGGACGAACCAUCUGAGGAGAAAGUUGAAACCAAAGAUGCUAAAGACGUGAAGGGGAAGAAAGGCGAUGCAAAACCACUGUCCAAGGAUGAAAAGGCCAAACAGCCAAAACCUACAGAGGAGAAAGAGAAGGAGACUCAACCUCCAAAGCCAAGUAGCUGGGCACAGGUUGCUCAAGUCUCUUCUACAAAGGAAGGUCCAGUUCAAGUUAAACCAAAAGUUAUCAAACCAAAAUCCCCAUCUCCAUCGACCCCAUCUCCAACUCAGAGUUCAGCAGCUCUAAAGCCAACAGCUCCAAACACUCCAAAGCCACACACUUCAGGCACGUUCUUGUACCCAGUCAUGAUUGAAGGUUUCAACGAUGUUAAGAACUCUGAUCUGAAGAACUCCUUGGAGGAAACUUUUGGGAAAACUACUAAAGUAGAACCUAGAGGGCCAUUUGCACUUGCAAACUUUGAGAAUGAACCAUCACAACGCAAAGCACUGGAGAAGAAGACUCUUAAGGUCAAGGGCCAUACGGUUAAAAUAUCCCCAAUGCCAACGGAUAUGAGCUUUAAGAACGCAAGUAACAACGGCGGAAACGGCAAUAGACAACAAGGUAAGCCAAAGAACAAACGUCCAUCUAAUGACAAGAGAAAGAAAUAA